GCUGUUCUUUACCUUUCGGACCAACCCCAUAAAUCGGAUCAAUUUGAGGAGUAAAUUUAAGCCUCAGUAGAUCAGAAACUAUUACCAAAUAUUUGAUUCCUUUUCUAUUAACAUAAGAUCGCUAUUUAAUCGCUAAGCUGACAAGCUGUGGUUCGUUUUCUGUUGUUUAUAACCUUUUGUAUGAGUAACGCUAAGGCGACAUUUUUUUCCUUUUUUUACUGAAAGGAGUGGCCAGUGUAGCUAACGCCAGUUAUCUUGUGCUAACGUGUUGGCCAGUAGCUCCAGACAUCUUUGUGGCGGGUUGCCGUGCGAAACGGGGUUGCCAGCAGAUCUCCGCUUCCGAUGUUGCUUGUAACGUUACUGUGGGGAAUACCAUCGUCGAUCCCUUGCUACAUCCAUUCUCACAGGCCUUGACUGUCACUUACUCUCGGAUUUCUGAUUUGUCGGUCCCCAAAAAAGUAUAAACUAUGGAUAGAGCGGAUUUUAUCCAGAAGGCCAAGCUGGCGGAGCAGGCGGAGCGCUACGAGGACAUGGCAGACAUCAUGAAGGAGGUUACAGAGCAGGGAAAAGAGCUGUCAGACGAGGAGAGGAACCUGCUGUCCGUUGCCUACAAAAACGUGGUUGGGUCGAGGCGGUCCGCAUGGAGGGUGAUUUCCAGUGCGUGCGCAAACACCGAAUCAGGGGUCAAGAACAGGCAGCAGUUGGCCAAGGAGUAUCGGGAGAAGGUAGAGGAGGAGCUGACAGAAAUCUGCACCAACGUUUUGAAACUGCUGGAGGACCAUUUAAUUAAAAAUGCCUCAAAUUCUGACAGCAAAGUCUUCUAUCUCAAGAUGAAGGGGGACUACUAUAGAUACCUUGCUGAGGUUGCCACUGGAGAUAAGAGAACAGAGACCAUUAGUAGCUCAGAGGCAGCAUACCAGGAUGCAUUUGACAUCAGUAGCAGUGCCAUGGCCUCGACACAUCCCAUCCGCUUGGGCUUGGCACUUAACUUCUCUGUCUUCUACUACGAGAUCUUGAACUCCCCAGAAAAAGCCUGUGAACUGGCCAAAAAGGCAUUUGAUGAUGCUAUUGCAGAGCUGGACCAGCUAAAUGAGGACUCCUACAAAGACAGCACUCUCAUCAUGCAGCUCCUCAGAGACAACCUGACAUUAUGGACCACUGCUGAGGAAGGCGAUGGCGGAGAAGGAGUAGAGGGAGGCGAGAAUGAGAAUUAAAAAACACAAGCCCUCCAAUGUUGGGGUCAACUCCAAAAACAACAAAAGCCAAAAAAAAAAAAAAAAAAAACUUUUUACACAUUCUUCAUUCCUUAUUACUUUACUCAAACAUUCUACUAAUUAAAUCCAUUGCUGAAAAAAAGCUUUUCACAAUGCAAAUUUGGACAGCUGGUGAAAAGAGAAACCUUCCAUUCCUUUAAUUUGUGUUCUUCCUGGCCUUCCCAUUUGUGCAGUUUCAGCUAGAGAAAAGUGAUUGAUAGCUUGACAUGGUAUCAGACAUUUAGCUCAAUUUAGAGGCAAAAAACGUAAGCCCAUUGUUGAACAACUGGAAGCCUAAAAUCCCAUCAGUUGAGACAGUUUGGUUUUUGUUUUGUUUUUCCGAUAAGAAAUGUUAGACAUAAAAAAAAAAAAAAUUCCCCUGGGUGUUUUUGUUUUUUUAAGUGUCUGUCUCUACACAGUUACAUGGUACGGUUACAGCAGCUGAAGUCCAACUUCAAACAGAUUCAAUUUUCAUACUGCAGGGAAAGCUAGUGCACUUUACAUGCUGGCAACAAAUACUGUAAUACAGCCAAGUAGUGCCAAUUGGUUAAAUCCUCACUUUUUGCCCUGGUUAUGAUGCCACUCUUUUACUGAUGCAUGCCUGUUUGGGAAGGAGGUGGGUGGUGGGGCUUGUCUGACUAAAUUCAGGGACCUUUUUAAUGGGAAGAAGACGAUUCUGUCAUGCAUGUCUCUUGAGACAUUACACUGGAAAUGGGAACAAAUGCUGUAAUACACACAAGUCCAAGUGUCAAGUUUAGUCAUUUUCAAUGCAGGUUUGUACACGUCCUACAAGAGGGUGAUUUGUUGGUCUGUCCAGUGAUUGUCAUUUGAGAUUUGGACCACUGUUGUUUUGCUAUUCAUUCAAUUGUAGUCCCCAAAAGCAUUGUGGAACUGUUUGAAUCCCUAUGUAUCAACUAUGUUAUCAUGAAUAAAACAUUUUCUAAAUCAA